CGUCAAUUGUCGUAAACUGAGACUCGGUCAAGGAUGGAGGAAGAGGCACGCAAGCUUCUCGAAGAAGGAAUUAAAAAGAAAUUGAUCAGCCCUGGUAAAGGAGAGCUGUCGACCUUCCCCAAUGGAACUAAGGUGGUCUUUCACUACCGCACCAGCCUCUGUGAUGGCACCGUGCUGGAUGACUCCAGAACCAUGGGGAGCUGCAGCAAACCUAUGGAGCUCAUCUUGGGCAAGAAGUUUAAACUAGCUGUAUGGGAAAGAGUGGUCAUUACUAUGAGACAAAGCGAAGUUGCAGAAUUUACUUGCGACACCAAGCACACAUCCCUGUACCCACUCGUGUCACAGUCCCUGAGAAACAUAAGUGCUGGCAAGGAUCCUCUGGAAGGCCAGAGGCACUGUUGCGGUAUUGCCCAGAUCCACUCCCAUCACUCUUUGGGGCACAAAGACCUGGAUCACCUUCAAGCCAAUCCACAGUCUCUUGUCUUCACCAUUGAGCUGCUGGAGGUUCUUCCUCCUGGAUCAUUUCAGCUGGAUGUGUGGGCUAUGACAGAUAAAGAGAAACUUGACCUUGUGCCUCAGAUCCACGAGGAAGGCAACACACUCUUCAAACAAGGCAAAAUUAAGGAGGCCACAGAGAAGUACUAUAAUGGCAUUGCCUGCCUCAAAAAUCUACAGAUGAAGGAGCAUCCUGGAGAUGAAGCAUGGGUAAAGUUGGACCAUAUGAUCACACCACUGCUUCUCAACUAUUGUCAGUGCCUGUUACUUCAGGGCCAGUACUAUGAAGUCAUCGAACACUGCUCCUCCUUGAUCUUCAAAUAUGAGAACAAUGUAAAAGCCCUCUAUAAGCGGGCUAAAGCCCAUGCUGCAGUGUGGAAUGAGGCAGAGGCACGAGCAGACUUUGCUAAGGUUUUGGAUCUGGACCCCACUCUGGGACCGUCUGUGGCCAAGGAGCUGAGGACCAUGGAGGAGAGGAUCCGCUCUAAGGAGAAGGAGGAAAAGGGUCGCUACAAGGGCCUGUUUGACUAUAACACACCACCAGCCACUGCCACUACAGGUUGAAACUCUUAAUGGGUUGGACACAAGAGGAUGCCUAUGAAUUUCAAGAUGGAGGAAACCAGUAGACACCCCUGGUGUUUUAGUUUUGUCCAUGCACCCGAGCCAAACUGUCUGCCAUUCUGCUUUCCUUGACACACACACACACACACACAAGCGUAAAUUGCAUUCCUGCCUUAUUCGUCUAAAUACUCUCCGCCAAAAUGUCAAAUUAGGGCUUUGAUAAAAACAUGCUAAAAUCCAUCCGCUGUGAAUGUUCAAAACCCCACAGAAACCUUUGGUCUCUACUGGUCAGCAGACCCAUUGAUUCAGUGCAUCAAUUUUACGGAACACUGAAUUCUGUUUUUUUUUUUUUUCAUUUAGCCUAAUGAGGUUUCACAAACUUUGACAUUCUUGGUCAGGGAAGAAUGUUAAUGUUCUUUCCUUUGCAAGAGCUUUCACAAGAUUUGAUAUAAGAAUAUUUUAUUUCUGUUGAUUUAAUUAUGAAUUUAACUGCAAUUUAUACAGCAAACACCAGUUUGCCACAGUAUUGGUCGUAAGUAGGUUAAGCAUGUUAUCUUGCUUUCUGAAAUAUGUGCAAAGCUGUUGGAUAAUCCCUAAAAUUCCUUGUAGUCAGCGCAGCAAGGUUUGCAGUGGAGUCCAAUUCAAGACAGAAAUCCUCUUCAGAAAAUCCUUUUUUUUUUUUUUGCACGAGGGACAUCAUGUACUCAAAUGCAUACCCCUACCCUGCACCGCCAGGCCCACUUUUCUGUCCUGGUCACAGCAGAAACAGCAUCACUGCGUGGUAGGUGGGACAUGAAACCGAACUGUCUGUGACAAUCAUUAUAUAAAACACAUGAACUUGUGUUGUCUUUGCUUUCUUGUAUGUACUUAUAUUUUGUGUAUGUAAUACUACCUUUAUGUUGUUUUUGUGAAGAUGUAACCCACAAAAUCUCCUUCACUUGCUUAGAAAGAGCUUUUCACUAUUCUUCAUGUGAAGCAGUGGGUCCUUGGCCCAGGUUUGUCUGAAGUGAGAUGUUACUGAGGUUGUGAUUAUGUAAUUGAAAAUAAAUUUGUUUAUCCUUA